GAGGUCCCUGCAGUGGUUAAUAUGUAAACUCUGCACGAGUGUGGAUGGAGAUGCCCAGAGGAACAUUGGCCCCUGAUAAGCUGGACUGCUGAGUCACUGGACACACAACUGGACAACUUCAGUCACCUGCCAAUGGCUCUCCAAAUGUCCUGACAGAAGCAAAUCACACCACGCUCUGCUGUGGAUUAUUUUGACUUUUCUACCUCUUUUCAACGUUGCUUUAUUCAUUUUCUUCUUGUUUCAAGAUUAAACCCACGGUUGGCCUCCAAAAGCUUGAUCCAAGUGGCCAGCGUUCGGAGGAUGUUUUGAUGGUCUUCCAACAGAGUAGAGUUUUGUUUCUGAAGAUUUCUGGACCUUAAGAUUUCUGGACCUCAAACUUUUUCUUAAGGCCUAGUAUCUGCUCAUCUUGUUGAAGAUGGACAGUAAGAGUGGUGGUGCUAGGAAUCAGCUUCUUCAUUUUGACCUUCAUAUUGACGAACAUAAGCCUCAUAAAGGAAUCCUGGAUCUCCUCGGCAGACUCCGUCCUAAUUGGGAUGCACAGGACAUUCAGAUGAAGAGGUUCACAGAGGGCAUCACCAACCAGCUGAUGGGCUGCUUCGUGGCGCCUCUCCAGGAGCCCGGCUGUGUUCUGGUGCGUCUGUACGGCCAGAUGACGGAGCUCUUUGUGAACCGGGACCGGGAGCUGGAGAUGUUUCAGGUCCUGCACGCCCACGGCUGCGGGCCGCAGAUUUUCUGCAGCUUCCAGAACGGCAUCUGCUACGAGUUUGUGAGAGGAACCGUGCUGGAGGACGAGCUGCUGCUGCAACCCUCCAUCUACAGAUUGAUCGCAGCAGAGAUGGGGAGAAUCCACUCCAUCCAGCCAAAAUGUGGUACGCCUGCUGAACCUCUUCUCUGGACCAAAAUGUCCCACUUUCUCACGCUGGUGCAGAGCCGGAACAGCAGCUCAGAGGAGCAGCGCGGCACAAAAAGUCCCGUGCCCAGCUUUGAGACGUUGUCGACUGAAAUGGAGUCUUUGAAGAGACACCUCUCGCAGAUCGACUCCCCGACCGUCCUCUGCCACAACGACCUUCUCACGAAAAACAUUAUCUUCAACCACAAAGAGGGUAUGGUGAAAUUCAUUGACUACGAGUACGCCGAUUACAACUACCAGGCUUUCGAUAUUGGCAAUCACUUCAAUGAAUUUGCUGGUGUGAGCGAUGUGAACUACAGCCGGUACCCGAGCCGAGAGCUCCAGCGUGAUUGGCUGACGGCGUAUCUGCAGAGCUACAAUCACAGCACAGGACGUGAGGUCACCGUGACAGAGGCUGAAGUCACGAAGCUCUACAUUCAAGUCUGCAAAUUCUCCCUGGCAUCCAACUUCUUCUGGGGAGUUUGGGCCAUCCUGCAAUCACGGUUCUCCUCCAUUGACUUUGACUUUGAAAGAUAUGCCACCGCACGACUCAACUACUACUUUGAGAAGAAAGAAGAAUACUUUGGAUUGCAAAUUAUCUAGAAUUAAAGGAUAACGGACCAACCUUUUUUCAAAUCAGGCGUACCGUUUCUUUCCUCUGUAAAUCCCAGAAGAAGUGACCAAAGUCCUGACAUACCGUACUUUAAUCCCUGGAAAGGUCUGCAGAGAACGACCGUAGUGACGUGCUCCUCACUGUUUAUUUCAGGCUGGAGUUUGAGAUAAAAUGUUUUGCUAUCACUGUGAUUUUUAAAAUAUUUGUUUUUACCACAGUCAGUAUGCCGAUAAGCCUUUUUGGCGACCUGAGAUGAAGACGCUGCCAGAAACACAUUAAUUGUUCCCACAUUUAGCCGAGGCGCAUGAAGCCACAAAAACUGAGCCUGAUCAUAAAAACCACAAGAGGGUUAUUUUUCAUUUCUAUCCAGUGUGCGCCACAGAUCUGUUUCCUUUUCACUUGUUUACUGUAACAAGCAGCACAUUAUUUUAAUGCAUUAUCUCUAGGGAUAUGUUUUAAGCUGCUUUUAUUUACCUUUAAGAUUAUUGACAGAUCCUACACUGCAAACAUCUACUUUAACAGUCUUAAAACAGCCUAUAAAGACAAUGUUAAAUUGUAUUUUAUUCAGAUGUUGUAAUGUCUGUUGAGCAGUAUAUGAAGUCACACAUGUGUCCUGAUUUUAAAAGACAAGAAAAAGAGUAACAAAAUGUUAGAAAAAAGCAUUUGUGCUUAUUAAAGUCCUGUUGCUUGAACAAGGCAAACACACUAAUGGUGUACUCGUGCUACUUCACUAUACGUCUGACUAUAAUCAACUGAAAUACACUGAUAUAUCUCAAUGAACUGCAGCUGACAUGUUAUUGUAGAGAACAAUGUAACUACAAUAAUGUUAAUAAUGUAUUAAUUGCUUUUUACACUAUAGCCUGAGACUAUGGGAACAUCAGGUAUCAUCGCCCUAUCUGUUGUACAUUGUUCAUUUGACCAGAUGUGUCUUUCAAAUGAAGAUCAAUGUAUGAUGCUAAUGAACAGUGUUACUGUAAUUCUAUGAUUUAGAAAUGUCUUAAGAAGAUUUCAAUAAAUGGGGAACUACAUUGUAAAACA